CUCCCGAUGACGUUUAAGGAAGUAAUGUCGCUUUUGCUUGCGAACCCGGAAGUGGUGGAGAACCUUCAGGAUCUGUGCCAGUAUCUGCUCGGAGGUUGGAAGGCUGGAGGACGUGGUGGUGCUCCUGGAGAUCUACCUGGUCGUUCUGGUCAUCUCUUUUUCUUGGGCGCUUUAUUUUUUGCUCGUGUCCAAACCAGGACUUGGUAAAAACUACAGGAUGGACUGAAACCCAGGGCAGGAGGUGGAUCAGGUUUGACCCAGCGUGCUCUCGAGGAUCCCGACAAAACUCGGAUCUGCCGCCAUGGACUUUUCCAAGUUCCUGGCCGACGAUUUUGACGUGAAGGAUUGGGUGAACGGGGCGUUCAAAGUGGCGCAGAAGGACGUGCCGGGGAAAGCGGACGCCCACGCCGCCACGCUGGUCAUGAAGCUCCAGCUCUUCAUUCAGGAAGUCAACAACUCCAUCGAAGAAACCAGCAUACAGGCUCUGCAGAACAUGCCCCGCGUCCUGAGAGACGUCGAAGCGGUAAAACAGGAGGCUUCGUUCCUCAGGGACCAGAUGGUCAUGGUGAAGGAGGAUAUCAAGAAGUUUGAACAGGACACCGUGCAAUCCAUGCAGGUCCUGGUGGAGCUGGAUCAGGUGAAGUCCAGGAUGCAGCUCGCAGCCGAGGCCCUGCAGGAAGCAGAUAAGUGGAGCACGCUGAGCGCAGACAUCGAGGAAACCUUCAAAACUCAGGACGUGGCUGUGAUUAGUAGUAAGUUAGCAGCGAUGCAGAACAGCCUGGCCAUGCUGGUGGACACGCCUGACUACAGCGAGAAGUGUGUGCAGCUGGAGGCCCUGAAGAACCGACUCGAGGCCCUGACGAGUCCUCAGAUUGUCUCCACCUUUAAUACACACUCUACAGAUCAAGCGAAGCUGUUCGUGAAGGUGUUCACAGAAAUGGACCGCAUGCCACAACUCCUGGCUUAUUAUUACAAAUGCCACAAAGUACAGCUGUUGAGUGUGUGGGAAAGUGUGUGUCAGUCCGAUGCCCCUCUGAAGCAGCAGCUGUCCGAGUUCUACGACACACUCCUGUCCACCUGGUUCACACAGCUCCAGUGGAGCAGUCAGGUCUUCAAGAACCCAUACGAGGUGGUGACGGUGUUGGCGAUCCAGACCCUCGGUGCCAUGGUCCCGCCAAUCCCACAAUGCAUUGCAGACGCCCUGGAUCUUUGUCCGGCUGAGAGCCGUCUAGACAUGCUCCUGGAGCUCCACCAGACGGCAACCAACUUCAGCCGCAGCCUGGAAAACGCUAUGCAGCCUCACCUCGGCGAGUGUAACCUGUUGAAGGUGUGUGAGCUGGUGUCGAGUGUAUACGCGCCGUAUAGAAGUUAUCAGAUGCAGUACGGAGACCUGGAGGAGAACAACUUACUGAUCCAACUCAGUGCUGUACCGCUGGAGAGCGGCGAGGUGCUGGACUGCGUGUUGGAGCUCACACACUCGGUACAGAAGGUGUUUGGUUUGGCGGCGGCGGCUGUGGAUCGCUGUGUCAAACUCACAGAAGGACUUGGAGUGUGUGGCCUCAUCAAAGCCCUGCGUGCACUGUUUACCAAGUACGUGUCGGAUUUCUCCAUCACGCUCCAGUCGAUCCGGAAGAAGUAUAAGCUGGAGGACACGCCCACGCCGGACAUCUUCACUGAAGAUUGGACGGCUUUCCAGAACUCGGUCAGGAUCAUCGCUACGUGUGGAGAACUUCUCCGGCAGUGCGGCGUCUUCGAGCAACAGCUUUCCAACAAGAUCCUGGGAAAGGCGGGCCGUUUUCUGUGGGAGGGGUUUAACCCCCGGAGCCUGAGUGGCCUGCAGGAGGGCGGGGCCGAGAGGCGGGGCCAAAAAAAUCCAUGGCAAGAAUAUAACUAUUUACAGCAGAGCAGCACGGCUGAUUACAACACCCUGCUGGAAACGCUUCACACACUCAAGGAGAAAGGGACGGGGAAUUCGAGUCUCCUGGCAGACACCCGAGCAGCUCUGACUCGCCUCAAUCAACAGGCCAAUCAGCUCGCCUUCGACUCGGUCUUCCUGCAGAUCAAACGCCAACUCUGUCUGCUCAACAAACCAGAGGUUCGAGGAUCUGCUGCUCUGGGUGAAAACCUUACAGAAGAUUUACCGACCUUCAGCCUUUCUCCACAGGAGUACAUUACUAAUAUUGGACAGUACAUCAUGUCUCUGCCGCUGCAUCUGGAGCCGUUUGUGACUCAGGAGGAUUCGGCGCUCGAGCUCGCCUUACACACCGGCAAACUUCCAUAUCCUCCUGAACAAGGUGAUGAUGUUCCUGAGUUGGAAAACACUGCAGAUUAUUGGCUCGGGUCCAUCGCCAGGGCGACCAUGCAGACCUACUGCGAUGUGAUUCUGCAGAUCCCUGAGCUGAGUCCUCAAGCCACCAAACAGCUGGCCACUGACAUCGAUUACCUGAGCAACGUGAUGGACGCCUUGGGCCUCCAGACGUCCCGAACCCUCCAGAACAUCACGGCUCUCCUGCGCGCCAAACCCGAGGAAUUCCGGAAGACGUCGAAACCCCUCCCCCGCCGUCUCUCGUCCACCAUCGCCGCCAUGCGUGGACUCGAGCACUGAGAUCAUAAAGACGCUCGUUUCCUGAUUAUGUCUCAGCUGGAAUGACUGCGCUUUAUAUUGCUGCUUUAUGUGCGUGUAACCUAAAGAAAUAAAAUCAAUAUCUGAUCUCCA